AUGGUGGAACAACAACAACGAGGAGGACAGGCCGAAAAAGAAGAACUGGAACCAAGAACAACCAGGCGCAACAGAGUGAUGGCGCCUGCUCCUGUUGAGAAAAGGCCAGAGGAUGCCGAGGGGGAAUACAUGCAUGGGAUCGAAAUGGGAAGUCGUAUGAUGAGCGUGGCUGCCAAGCGAAUUGUCCUAUUGGAGCAAGCACUCAGGGAGAGUCAAGAGCGAAAUGCCACCAUGGAACAACAGAUGACCAAAUUUUACGAGGACAAGAUUGCCAAACUGCAUCGAGCGCAAAUGUAUUCGGUCGACCGCAUGGGACAACGUAUUGAUGUUUUGGAAGACGAGUUGAUGAGUCGGACUAACGAAUUGGAAAUGACAAGAGAAAAAUUGUGCAAGGCGGUCGAGAAGGUGGUGGUGCUCCAACAAGAGGUAGCCAGCUUUCAACAACAACAGCAACCAAUCGUGGAUUUGGGUUCUGUGGCAGAAAAGAAGGAAGAAAUGAAGAAUACGCAACCAAAAAAGGUGACGACCAAAACAUCCAAACCCAAGCGACGAAGCAUUUCGCCAGAAGAAAAGAGCUAUCCUUCCUCGGCUGGAUCCGAAGGCGUGUUCGAAGGGAUUGUCAUGUCCAAAAACAACAACAACAACAACAACAACAAGUGUAAGAACAACAACAACAAGAAUAAGAGAUGCAAGGUCGAACCGACAUGGGACGAAGGCGCGAUUGUUCCAGACUCCUAUAUGACUUCUGUUAUGGACUCUCCAACAACGACCAGCAACAAUAAGAAUCACCAGCAAAACAAUAAGGAUGCUGGACUGUCGCGAUUUUUUCACUUUGGGCAAAAGAACAAGGAUGCUACUAAUGCAGCCGCAAAGCCUUCCGACCUGGCAGUGCGACCCAAUGUGAUUGAAGACUUUUAUGAGGUUUGCUCCAAUGGCUCGUUGCCCGAUACCAUCAUGUUUUCUGGUAUUUUUAAAGGGCGGUAG